GCACGAGCCAAGUUGCCGUUGAGUUUCGUUAUGAGAGGGGAUUUUACAGGAAAAGUUGGCAUUUAAAUUCACAGUUUAGUUUUGAAGAUUCAAAGAGAGGAAGAGAGAAAUUGGAGUUGGACUCUUAAUGAAAUUACGCUUAAAAUUACCAACGUGGUUAAUGAAAAGUCAGCUGGCUCAUUUAUGACUGUUAACGAUGUCCAGAUGUGUUGCCAUGAGCAUGUUGUUCUCGGUGUUUGGAGUUCUUCUGGCAGGUUCCAGAGUUCGUGCAGAGGAGACGCCGCCCCGCAUCGUCCACCACCCCUCUGAUGUGGUGGUGAAGGUCAGGAGUCCUGCCACGUUCUCUUGCCGGGCGGAAGGCAACCCCAAGCCCACCAUCGAGUGGCUGCGCAACGGUCUACCCCUGGAGACCACGAAGGGAGAUGACCAGCCUAUACUUUUGUUAGAGGACAGCCUCUUCUUUCUGAGUGUGGGAGAAGGCAGACGAAGUCAGUCGCAUGAGGGCGUCUAUGCCUGUGUGGCCAAGAACAGCGUGGGCAGGGCCACCAGCCGUAAUGCAUCGCUAUAUAUCGCAGUGUUGCAGGAGGAGUUCAGUGUGCAGCCUACUGAUGCAGAGGUGGCAGAGGGGGAGAUGGCCGUAUUAAACUGUGGCCCCCCAACUGGACACCCUGAGCCUAACAUCAUGUGGAAGAAGGAUGGCCUGCCUAUCAACAACACUGACCACCAUUACACUGAGCUGAAUGGGAAGCUUAUCAUCUCUCCUGCAGAGAAGAAUCACUCUGGUUCUUAUGUGUGUGUAGCCAGCAACACUGUGGGAGUGAGAGAGAGCAGGGCGGCUCGUCUGUCUGUGCUGGUCAAGCCUGUGUUGGUGCUGAAGCCAGAAAAUGUAUCGGUGAGAAUGGGGGAGUCCGCUCAGUUCUACUGCCAAGCUAAAGGCGACCCUCCACCUGUUGUAGUCUGGAGCAGAGAGCAGGGGCCACUGCCCAAUGGCAGGUAUCUUGUAAACCCGGACCAGACUCUCCAGAUCCAUUAUGUGACAGCGCAGGAUGCUGGGAAGUACACCUGCACUGCUGUCAAUGAUGCAGGUGGGGUCAAUGCCAGCGCUCAGCUGUUAGUUGAAGAGGUUGCCAGCACUACACAAAAAGACCUCCACAAAGAGCUGUCAGCCCUGCGAGUGGCUCUGGAAAAUGUCACCAUGAUGGCCGCUGAGUCCAACAUGUCCCAAGUACAGUGGAAGCUCCAGUCCCUCCCAGCCCAGCCUCAUUACCUCGACGGCUUUGAGGUUCUCUAUCGCUCUCUGCUGCCUGCCACCUCAGACUGGGCAGCAAAGAAAGUGACACUGCCAAGCUUCCAGACAGAGGUGGGCCCCUUAAAGAGAGGCUACAAGUAUGAGUUCAAGGUUCGUCCCUAUGGCAGCAGCUUGUAUGGGAGAGAGAGCAACACCCGGCACCUCAGAGUCCCAGAGACAGUGCCCAGUGCCUCUCCACAGGCUGUGUCCAUAACUGUGAGCCAUGAACAGAACAACACCAUCCACCUAAGCUGGGAGCCUCCUCCUUAUGACACCCACAACGGUAUCAUACAGGGUUACCAGGUGUGGUGUGUGGAGACUGAGGAGCAACAGUACCAAAACUGGACUGUGGAUAGCGGCCAUCACAAUCUUGAUAUCUCUGCUCUCAAACCGGGGAAACGAUAUUGGAUCACCAUAGCAGCUGUCAACGGAGCUGGAGUAGGAAUGCUAAGCGACCCUCAUGGAUUUGUCAUCAAUCCGCAGAUAGGCACUCCUCCUGAGUCAGACAGCCACAGACGGGAUCUGUCUCCAGUCCUGACUCUGCUGCAGGACCCAGUGUUGAUUGGCAUCAUUGGUGCCCUCCUGUGGUGUAUUUUCAUGGUUGCAGCUGUCUACCUCUUCAGACGCCACAGUAGGACAGGUCACCUGAUACCAGGACAUGGCAGAGCAAAAGGUUUGCGCAGACUAGCCAGUGAAGAUCUCAUCAUAAAACACAGGAUGGCAGCUCCAGACUCUCCAUGGAUCUCAGGGGGCUGGAGACCUGCCUUCAACCAGAAGUACCAGGACUUAUGGGCCCAAGGUCACAAACAUCCAGGGAUCAGGAGUGCCAGCCUUCCAGUCUCAGCCAAGAGGGACCCCAGCUGCAUGGACUCAGCUGUUCCCAUUGUGACUGACAGUUGCGGCGUCUAUGGCACUUUUUACGUUGACCUGAUGGGGAAUGGCCUCAAGACUUUCAACAGUCCCAAGCGUUGCCCUAAAAUGCUUCAUGGUCCGUCUCAUCAGCAAGGAGGCGAGACCAUCCAGAUAUUCACUCAGCCUGUCGCAAAGGCCUCGCCACCCAGUAGCCGGGAGGCGCUGCCAUGGAAACAGGCGAUACGACCUCAGCCCAAGAUGGGUGUGCUGAGGGAGUCAUGGGAAAAGAGCCACAGCAAGCAAGAGUUACAUGCAGUGAACAGCGUCCCCAUAUUAUCAACCAGGAACCAGGCGUGUCCGUCUGGUGUCUACAAACAAAGACUCAGUCACGUACCAUCAGGCCGGCACGGUGGACAUCCAGAGUGUGGUAAAGUUGCUGGCUGUCCUCGCUUGCUGCACUACUCUGCAUCACUUCAUCUUGUGGACAUGCUGCCCCCGCCACCACCAUUACCCAUAGAAGACACCACAGACAUACACAGCCUCACCUCAGAUGAAGGCUCCAGUCGCUCCACAAAGCUAACCGUGGACAUGGGCUCUCUCCAGUCGGUGUGUGCUGCCUCAGGCCACUGUGUGAAACCCACCACCAACAGCAGCUGCCCCUCCUACAGCCACCUGUCUACUGCAUCAUAUACCAUGUCACUGGAUGAAGAACAGGGUGGCACGCUGACAGCACAAGAAGCCACUCAGUAUCUGGAGCUCUGCCCUAAACCUGAGAGAUGCAGUGUCCUGCCUGAGCAGCGUCCUUCCCUGUCCCACCCAUACUCCUCCACCCUCGGCUACAUCUACGGGCCAGUCCCCUCCGCUCAGAUGGAGGAUGAUGCUGCCUCUGAUGGGCCUGAGGCCCCACCAAUCGGCUUACGUCAUGCCCGCCUUCAGAGCUCACCUUCCUCCUGCUACAGCGAAUGGGACAGCUCACUGUGGAACACCUGGAGCUCAGUCAUGGACGGCACAUUGGCCAGCGCCCGCACCAGCCUCAUCAGCUCAGUGGACAGCUGCUACACCAACGACAGCACCAGCUUCGCCCGCUUUCUGGCUGCGGCGGCGGAGAGUAUGAGUGGAGCCUCUUUGUCAGACUUCUCUCCGCCGGCCUCCCCCCUCAGCGGCUUGUAUCCGUCAUUUCGUGCAGAAGGCGACUCGUUCGGGGAACUGGAGCCUGUUCCUGCGUGGGACUGGAGCAUGGCCUGGAUGGAGGAAAUGGAGGCUCAGUACAGAGUCCACUAUCCGGGCAGAAACACCAAACCCUUUGACACUUAGGGACUCUGAACAACUGAACUUUGAGAACUUCAGAAACACCUCACAGCAAUGCCAGAACUGCACAACAAGAAGAGAGCAGACAUGAUGCUGCAACAGCUAUUGAUUCACUUUUUCUGAGAGUGCUGGUAACAAUUUCAAGGUCUGAACAAUUCAGGGUUUGACGUGCAGCAAUUUCCCAGUCAUGAAGAGAUAAAUAUCCAGGUUUGAGAUAUAAUUGGAGCUAACUCCUUGAUGUUUGGGACACCUCUGCUAACAGAUGCACGUCUGCUGUUGCUGUCUGUAAUAGUUUUCCCAGUUCACCUCAGGGCAGUCCGGCUGCUAUUUCGCAUCCUUCAAAUGACUUCCAUUGAGUUUCUUAAGUUUUUUUUCCCCUCUUCAUAUCCCUUCCUCUCAUUAGAGAAGAGGAUAAUGAGAUACUUCCCUUGGGAUGUUCUCACCCAGUGUGUUUUGAAAAGGCCAGAAAGACACAAAGACAGGAUGCAAGACAGUGAGAAAGGAGUCAUUAGGCAGAAGAAAUACAGCGCUGGAGUUUUUCUCACAGCACACUGUUUGUUUCUUUUUUUUUCAUGUUUGUUGCAGGAUUUUUUUAGGACUGAAGUCCUACCAAAUAGAGCGCAGAAUAAUAGUCAAUUUGUACAGACUGAUUUACUGAUCAUUUUGUUAUAAUGAAGUGUAAAUAUACAGCAAUGUUAUUUAAAGAAUUUUAAACACUUUCCAAAUCAUUUUCUGUACCUAUUUCCUUUGGUGAUUCAUUUUACAUCCCAGGAAGUCUUUUAUAUCAUAAGAUUGUUUUUUUUGUCUUUAUACUGUACACCCUGUUCUCUUUUUGAUGUUACACAAAGUUUGCAAUAGACAAAACAUACUGUAGUUCAGAAUAGCAAAGUAGAAAAAUAAAUUGUUUUAAAAUGUCAUGUUGUUCACAUUUAAUUGAACUAACUUGAAGUUGUACCUUUUUAAAUAGCUUGAAUUUUAGUAAGAAUUCAACAAAAAGGUAUUUGAAAUAAAAGUGCUGUAUGUAUAGCGUAGUCUUUGCAUGCUUGCUGAGUUUUUUUUUAUAUACAAAAAUUCACUAAUGAUAGAAUGAAAAUUUUACAUUCUCUAAGAAUUUUUGUACAAAUUACAUUACAGAUGUGUUUUGUAGUUUUGAAUAAAAUCUUUGUAGCAACUGAAAGCACGUUUAACAGUUAAGUUUUAAACUUUGCAAGGACGUCACUUUUGGAUUGUGUCCUAGCUGACCUGGAAAAUAAAAGCCCCAUUCAUGUUACAUUUUCUAUGUAAUAAUAUUUGACUGAAGCUGA